CGUCUCAUCAGAUCCUCCCCGUCCGUCCGUCAUCGACGUCGUCUCCGCCCCGCCUCCACCGCCAAGCGCUUUCGAUGUUGCACCGCAUAGCCUCACCAGCUAGCUAGCAUGCGCCCAAGCACAAGCGCCGCCGUUAGCAGCGCCGGCAAAGACGAAACACUUCCGCCAGAGUUGCUUUUGAAGCCGGUGGCGGCCGGCCGUCGGCUUCUCCCGCGUUGGUUCUUAUUGCUAAUCGCUGACUGCGGGCGUCUUGCUUCUCGACCGGCAACUAAUUGCAUGUCUGUCUGCAUGCAUGCAAUGCAUGCAUCUAGGGUCAAGUCAUAUGUAGGCGUGCACCUGCGACGCCAUUCAGGACAGCUGAGGCACGUCAUUUGGCAAUCCUCGUCCGGCCGAGGUGCGGAAGACCCUGUCUGUCUAUCAGCCACAUGCACUAGCACAGACCGCUCCCCACCAGCCGGCCCUUUGAAGGAAGAGAAAAAAAAAAAAAAAAAAAACUCGCUUUUGAGGUCACUUGCGCUUGCACAUGCGUCGCCACGCCGCGACGCGCCGCGCCACGCCAACCGCAGUCCCUAGCGCCAACGGCCGUCCGUCCAGACCGAUGUACCUACUACGUACGUAUGUCGGUACAUUCAACGACUACAUCCGAAAUACCUCAUCAACAGUCCCGGUGUCGAGCGAAACGAGAUGAGAUGGACGGGACAUGCAUGCUCCAACGGACCCUCCGCAUACAUACAUGCGAUCACUGUGCCAGUCCCUUGUUAUGACCAAUGGCCACGCACCCGCGAGCUCGUAGAACCCAUCGAGCCUUCUAGGCCGGGCCGACGCAUGCUGUUAUCAGGCACUCUCUUCCGUUGCUACCCUUGUCCAAGUAGGCAGUGUGGAAAUUGUCCGCCUUUC